UAGCUCAGAAAGUCAACAGCUUAGAGUUCAAUCCACUUCAUACUAUAUACCGGGCUUGUUGAAAAAGAUGAUGUUUUUGAAAAUUUUGUAUUUAUAUAUUUUGAUAUCGACAGUGGAAGACCUUAGGGUAUGGACGUUAGACGACGAAUCGUUAGUGAAUAGCUUUAACACGUGGGGGUUCACCGACGAAUACGAGAGUGCUUUCGAUCAACAACUUUAUGAAAGAGUUAUUGAUGAACAAAAAUGUAAUGAACAGUUAGAAUUUUUGUGGAACAAUUCAGCGGUUGGUUUGCAAUUUCAGGAUGCAAGUGGCAAAAUUCCAACUGGAAUCUUAUCUGGAAAUCUAGUAGAUUUGGGAGACUAUCAUGCGUGUCUUGCUAUAAAACACGUCGAAGAAAAUGUGGAUAUUGAAGGUAAAUACUGUAUGAUGCAGUAUCCAUCACAGUUGAACCAACACAAUACUGUACUGACAGUACCACUAAAUAUGGGCUUGACAAAUAUAACCAAUAUUUUUCCGAAUAUUAUUGAUGUUUUUCCGAAUAUUAAUGAUCUUUUUCCGAACAUUACUGAUGUUUUUCCAAAUAUUACUGAUAUUUUUCCACUGCGUAGUAAUAUAUCUCAUCAAACUCUUGAAGAUAUUAUCUACAGGAUGAGGCAAAAAUAUGCUCAGAUAACAUCCGAUGCAAGUCAGCUACUUGUAAGAGAAAUGCCGGCCAAGCAUUCAUUAUUUCUAAACAUGGCAAUAGGGACUUGCAUACCCAAAGUAUGCCGACCAAAGCAAGCUAUUCAGUUUUUCCAACAACGGUUACUUUCAAGCGCUGGCCUGGGACUAGAAGACACCAACAUAACAUACAAUGAAUCCUACUGUCGCUUGCCAAACGACAAACCGUUAAGCAUAGCGGACUAUUUGGCUUUUGUGAUUUUCAGCUUCAUCGGUUUUGUCACCAUAAUGAGCACUGCAUACGAUUUAUAUGAAAUAUUUGUUUUAAAGAAAAAAAAAUCGGAGAUAAACCCUCUAUACAGAUGCUGUUCGGUAUACACGAACACUCAAAGGUUUCUGACAUUCAACAAGGUCCCCGGCGCUUUGGAGUGCGUGGACGGCGUGAGGGCCAUCUCUAUGUUGUGGGUUGUCGUGGGUCACACCUACACCUUGUCUAUGAUGCUUAUUGUACAAAACAUAAAAGCGAGUAAGGAAUGGGUAACUUCCUUCAGCAGCACGUGGGUGAUCGCGGGUCCCAUAGCCGUGGACACUUUUUUUCUUCUCAGUGGGAUUCUAUGCGUCUAUUCUAUCAUUGGGAAAGUUAGUCAACGGCGAUUUAUCGCAUCUUUACAUCUCUUCUACCUGCAUCGAAUCCUCCGAAUACUGCCAUUACUGUCAGCUAUGAUACUCCUCCAAGCAUCCGUGUUCCACCGGCUGUCAGAUGGGCCGCUGUGGUCCAACAUGGCCCACUUCACUGUCAUGUGCCGAAAACGAUGGUGGUCCGCGCUGUUGCAUGUGCAGAAUUAUAUUAAGCCUGUUGGAUUUUGCCUCUACCAAAGUUGGUACAUGUCAGUGGAUCUACAGCUGUACAUGUUCAGCCCUGUGAUACUGUUCUGGCUGUUGGGCGGUCAGAGGGUGGCGUGGUGCGCGCUCUCCGCAAUCAUCUUAGUUUCCUUCGCGCUAACCACUACUGUCAGUUUCCUGAAUAACUAUACUGCUUCUUUAUUGAAUUUGGUACGCGUAACCGAAUUUAAUCGUUAUUUCAUCAAUUACUACAUAAACCCGCUGACCCGAGCGUCGCCUUUCUUCAUUGGAAUGAUGUACGGCUACCUAUUGGUCCAGUGUAAAGGAAAGAAGAUUCGUAUUGCAAAGAUUCUAGUAUGUAUAAUGUGGAUUCUGGCGUUCGCUAUGAUGGCGUUCUGCAUACUCAGCAUGUUCGUGGUCAUCCAGGAAGACCACGACUCCCAGAUGUUCGACAACUUCCUCAACUCUUACAUGAGGGGGAUCUGGGCGCUCGCUGUGGGCUGGAUGAUAUUCGCUUGUGUGCACGGAUACGGAGGACCAAUAAACUGGUUUCUCUCUCUACAAAUGUGGAAGCUACCGGCGCGUCUCUCCUACGCUAUGUAUUUAACACACUACUCUCUCAUCUUACUCGUCAACGGCAGCAUGGUCACCCCUUUUUACUUCAACGAUGGGAAUACAAUGUAUCGAGCCGUAGCAAAUACCGCGCUCACAACAAUACUGGCUUUUGUGUUAUCAGUCACUAUAGAUGCGCCGUGUUCUAGUCUUCAGAAGUUACUUCUAGGCGGAGGAUAUGGCCUCGGCGUCCGUCAUAUCCAGAUGGCUUGCAUGUGCUUGACGAUGACCGUGCUGUUCAUAGCUCGGAGCAGCUUGGGUGUAGCAGUGCUAGCUAUGACGGAUAUGCGACGCCGGAACGAUUCUAGUGUCACUGUCUACGAGUGGGAUAAAAAGACCCAAGGCAUGAUUCUCUCAUCGUUCUUCUGGGGCUACUUGAUCAUGCAGAUUCCGGCUGGUUUGCUUGCUAAGAGAUACGGCGGGAAACCCAUCCUCCUUUUCUCUCUCCUGGCAAAUGCUAUCAUCUGUGCUCUUCUACCAACGCUUGUAGAUUUUGGUGGAUGGCCCAUAGUCUGCGCAUGCCGCGUCAUCAUGGGUCUGACCCAGGCGUGCCUGUUCCCCGGCUUCCACACUCUGCUGGGUCAGUGGCUACCAGAACACGAGCUGACUUCCUACUCCGGAAUCGUGUAUGGAGGCUCCCCAAUAGGCACAAUCAUAGCCAUGCCUGUGUCAGGUCUCCUGGCUGAAACGGCAAUGGGUUGGAAGCUGAUCUUCUACGCGGUGUCUGGCAUCAUGUUCGUUCAGUCCGUGAUAUGGAUCUUCUUCGCAGCCAGCUCACCGAGGGACCAUCGCCUGAUGACGGAGGAAGAGAGGGAGUACAUCGAGAGGGGGCUGAACACUGGUGGUAACAAGAGCUAUCGCACUCCAUGGAGGUAUAUCUUGCGCACGAAGGCUCUAUGGGGCCUGGUGGUGACGCACAUCGGCUGCGCGAUCAACUUUGUGCUGUUCUUUGCUGACAUGCCAACGUAUUUGGAAAGGGGCUUGGAGAUUUCUUUGAAAGACAGCGCAUCACUGUCGGCGUUACCCUACAUCGGAAUGUUCUUGGGGCAACUCGCUUCUACGACUGUUUCGCAGAAGAUUUACAACAAGGGAUAUUUAUCUCUGUUGACCUGCAGGAAACUCUUCAAUUCUUUAGGGUUCUUAGGCGGAGCUGUCAGCUUGGUCGCUCUGUCCUUCAUCGGUCCGGAACACAAGAGCCUGGCCAUCGUCACUCUCAUCAUAGCUCUCACUGUUACCGGGUUCUUCGGGGCUGGAUUUAUGAUGUCGUACCUGGACCUGUCGCCGAACUACGCCGGCGUGAUGCUCUCUAUAACCAACUUCGCGGCCAACUUCGGCAGCGUGCUCACCCCCAUCGCUACUAGUCUUAUACUUAGAAACGAUCCAACGGACAUAAGUCGAUGGCGCAUCGUGUUCCUGAGCUGCGCAGGCGUUUGCGUGAUAGCCAACACCAGCUUCAUGUUCUUCGCCAGCGUGAAGCGGCAGGAGUGGGACGACCCUGACUUCUUGGACAAGAUCAAAGCUGAUCCAGAGGAAGUGAAACCUGCCUUAACGAAAACCAAAGCAGAAGAAGCCAUGCAAUAGCAUCUAGAUUAUUAUUAGUUUAGGAUACUCAACUAUUAUUAUUAGUUAGGUUUAAAUAAAUAAAUAAAUUAUU